AUGGCAGCUCAUGUUUCUGUAAAGAGGAGACGGCUGAGCCCGUCAGAUGAUUCAUCGCAUCUGAAAAGCAAAUUUUACAACCAGGCUGCACAAUGGGACCUGGAACAAGACUACGAGCGAAGACCGCGGAAGACGAAGGGCAAGGAAAAGAAGCGGCUGCCGAUAAAGACACAGGAGGGGACUUUGGAGCAUCUAGAGGAAGAUGAGAGACUCGAGGAAAGCUCAGAGAGUGACGUUUUUUCGUCUGAGGUGGAAGACGGUGAACCAGCUAUGAUGACCGCAACAGUUCCUGCGCCAGUAUCAUCUGUGCCUCCCAAGGUUCAGAUAUUGGAAGCAAAAGAGGCCCUGGCACGAAUAGCAUCACUGAUAAAUGAAGAGCCUGAGGAGCACAUGGAGCUUUUUAAGAAGCUAACGGAGAUGACAGCAUCUGCGUCACUUCCAGCCGUGAAGAAACUUGCCCUGGCCACACAAGCAGCCGUUUACAAAGACGUUAUUCCCGGCUAUCGGAUACGGCCACUAGAAGGCGAAGAGCUGACUGCAAAGGUUUCCAAAGAAGUAAAGCAACUCCGUGCGUUUGAACAAUCCCUUCUCUCUGGUUACCGAGAAUAUGUGCAGCAGCUGGCCACACUUUCUCGAGCAAAGCAGGGGAGCGAAACAUACAACCCUGGCCUGAAAAGCUUAUCCAUCAAUUGUGCUUGCAGUCUACUAACUUCUGUGCCGCAUUUCAAUUUCCGUGGGGAGUUGCUGAAAAUUCUGGUUGGACAGCUAGGGCGCCGACAGAUAGAUGCAGAUUUUGUCAAGUGUCGUGAAACUAUAGAGGAGGUAUUCUCCAAAGACGACGAUGGCACCAUCUCGCUGGAAGCUGUCACUUUAUUGUCAAAGACAAUCAAAGCAAAAGAAUUUAGGAUCCGACCAAGCGUCCUGGAUACGUUCCUUCAUUUGCGGCUACUCUCAGAAUUCUCGUCCAAAGGCUCUAAGGAUGCAAUCGAUAAAGAAGCAGAUGAGAACAAUAAUGGAAAGAAGCCAAAGCAAAAACGAGAGUUUCGAACCAAAAAGGAACGAAAAUUGAUGAAAGAACGAAAGAUUGUGGAAAAGGAUAUGAAGGAGGCUGAUGCUCUAGUAAGCCAUGAACAUCGGGAUAAGAUGCAAGCAGAAACCUUGAAGCUAGUAUUCACCACAUACUUCCGCACACUCAAAACACGCAACCCUGAACUUGUGGGGGCUGUUUUAGAAGGGCUUGCCAAAUAUUCCCAUCUAAUUAAUCAAGACUUCUUUGGAGACUUGCUGGAAGUUCUUAGAGAUUUGAUCUCGCGAUAUACCAACUCCAACAUCAAAGAGAAUGAGGACAGGCGUGACGAGGAGGAUGAUGGCGAUGAAGAACGAUUCAGGAUGAAGGAUACUCGAAACGCUACUCGAGAUGCUCUCCUUUGUUCAACAACUGCAUUCGCACUGCUUGAAGGCCAAGAUGCCAGUAAAGCAGCCUCUUCCCUUCAUUUGGAUCUAAGCUUCUUUAUAGGGAACAUCUACCGUUCGCUACACGACUUGUCCUUGAAUCCAGACAUUGAAUUCCACCCUAGCAAGUCACUCCGCCUACCUGAGCCAAACCCUUACAAUGACAGUCAAAACGUCAGUAACUCAGGCCCAGAUAGCACCGUCUUAGCAAAAAAAGUCGACUUUCAGACCCCUACUGUGCUCCUUAUCCGGUGCCUGCAGUCAAUAUUAACUGCAAAAGCCAACAAAGCCCCGCCUCCCAUCCGUAUAGCAGGGUUUACCAAGCGGCUCAUGUCUUCUGCACUUCAACUACCAGAAAAGUCAGCAACAGCAGUUUUGUCACUACUUACUCGUGCGGCGAAGCUACAUGGGCGGAAAAUAGCACCCCUAUGGAAUACGGAAGAGCGGAAAGGUGACGGAGUUUACGACCCCAAUGCAGACGAUGUGGAAAGGAGCAAUGUUUUUGCCGCAACCAUAUGGGAAGGUGAAUUGUUACGACUGCACUAUUGUCCACAGGUUCGGGAUGCUGCGAAGGAAGUUGAAAAGGCCAUAGCGGUUGUAAAAUAA